AAGCUAAUCCCAAUAGUUGUCAUAUUGGUACUUAUAUAAAACCUUUUUAUUCAAAUAUUGAAGAAGACUUAAUUAAAUGGAUUGAAAUUUUACGUCAAGAUGGAAUUGCCGUUAGCCUACUUAUGAAUCAACAAAAAAUGAAAUUGCUUGUUAAUAAAAAUUCAUCAAAUAAUAAAAAAUUAUUCAUUGCAUCCUGGGGUAAAAAACUUCCAACAAAUCUUCCAUCCAAUGUAGUAGUUAAAAUGCAAGAAAAGGAUUGGAUAAAUGAAGAUUUAAUGAAAGUUGAGUUUCAAGAGAUAUGGGAAAAACAU